ACACACACACACACACACACACAUAACAGUUGUCUGUACAGGAGGAUGACUGGAGGCUAGUUGGUGUUUCUGUAUCGCGCUGCCCUCUAGCUUUCAAAGAAGCACUGUACUGUGUGUUUUAUAAGGAAAUAUGUAGAGCAUGGAGGAAAAGGUAAUGAGGGCCAGAGAGGGGUCAACCUUCACUUUCAUUAGCUAAAAAAUGUGUUUUUUAAUUAAUUUUCACAGGAUGCAGGUCGACUUUUUCAGAAAGGAUUAAUAUAAAGAUUAAAAAGUCCAAAUAAGAAGAAUAAGGAGAACGAUAAAUAAAUGUAUCAAACUGGUUUACGUAACAGGAACAGGGUAAAUUAUUAAACAUUCAUGUCAGUGUGCCAGCUAGCCAAAUGGCAUUUUCUAUCUUUAAAUACUAAAUUUAAUUAAAUUGUGUGUUAAUUUAAAUCUAAAAGUGCCACUCACUGUCCCACCUUCAACUGGUAUAUUUAUAUACAACGUUUCAGUUUACAUGACCUACUUCAGAUACAUGAGCAAGCAUCUCAGCUGUCCCUUAUAUUUUUACACAGAUGCUGGCUAAAACAAACAAAAAAUAGGUCAGCUAGUUAAUGAACCACGUAGGGCGAAAAAACACACGUUGCCAUUCACAAAUACCAUACUUUCAUACAAUGUACAAGAACCCAGUCCCUGCUGUAGGACUGGCAAACUUAUCAUCACUUAGCGAUAAACUUCUUGCAAAUAAGUAAUUACCAUCAUUUUGUUAUUUACAGAUUAAUGAAAGCACUUAAAAAAUAAGAAAAUAAUAUAAAGAGCCUGAUGAGAUAAUUCCUCUGCAGCAUCCUGAAUCAUAAGUGAAGCUAUAGUAAAAUAUUUUUUUUUAAUGAAAAAGAGAUUCUGUAUAUCAGUUGUCUGUAGUAUAAACCAGGGCUGGUAAUACUGCUAUUAAAAACCAUGUGUGCAUAUAAAACACAGUGGAUUCAGACCAUUGUGUUUGGACCACAUGCACCACUGCUGCUGCUGCAUUCCUCUCAGUCGUCUGGUCUGCACAUGAAGUUGUAAAAACAUUAAGUAAAUCAAACAUUUCCAUGUCUGACUGGACAAAACUGGAAGGUAAAACCUUUGUUAAUGACUUCAUAAAGUUGUGUUGCACCAACCUAAUAAUAAUAAUAAUCAUCAUCAUUUUCACUUCACCUCAGUCAGCACGGCUUACAGCUACAUCGGACCUAAUUUGGAUUUGAUUUAAUCUGACAGGACAGGUCACACACUAGGUCGUCUCUCUCUCACACACACACACACACACGCGUACAAGCUGUAAACCUUCUUUGUAUUAUCUAUCCUCAUAAUGCAGUGACACUCCCUUGGUUCCUGAUGGUGGAGAGGUAAUUACAGGAUUCUUUUGAAAACUUUGGGGAUGUAAAAAAGCCAGGAACUGAUGAGUAUCCAUUGCUGUGGCGCUUGGGUGCAGAAGAUCUGCCCGGGAGAAAAGCAAGACCUGUCCAUCUCAUCAAUGCAUGGGCAGCAGCACCUUCAGACCAUCUUCCUGUGAGCUCUCGAGGUGGUGAGCCUUGAGAUGCAAUCACAGCGCUGUGCCUUCAUCGCCUUACCUCAAACAUGGAAGCAGACACCAGGCAAAGCUCCUGAUAUCGACCCAUCAUCGCUUCCUCCUUCUUGUCUUCCUUCUUCUUCUUCUUCCCCAGCUAUAUCCCACCUCUCUCUUCCUCCCUCUCUUUCACCCAUAUCUCUCUCUCCUCUGUUCCCUCUGUCCCCCCAUUAUCUCCUGAGGUUCCUUCUGGUUCUCCUGUCCUCCCUGUGUUUACUGCCCUGCCCCACACAGGCAGCCUGGUUUCGGGUUGGGGUGGUCGGACCAUGGGGGUGUGACCCUCUCUUUGCUAAGGCCCUUCCCAGUGUGGCGGCACAGCUCGCCGUCAACCGCAUCAACAAGGACCCCUCGCUGUCCUACGCUGUAACAUUCGACUAUGCUGUGCUGCAGGAACCAUGUGAGACAUCCAGGGCACUGGAGGCAUUCAUGGGGUUCCACACCAGGGCCUCAGGGUACAUUGGACCUGCCAACCCCGGCUACUGUGAUGCUGCUUCAAUGCUGAGCAAAGGCUGGAACAAAGCACUGUUUCCUUGGGGUUGUGUUGGCUAUGAGCUAGACAAUGUUCGGAGCCACCCAACCGUUGCCCGUUCAAUGCCAAGGCCCACCUGGGUGCUCCUCAGUGUCAUAAACUACUUCAGGUGGGCCCACAUUGGCAUCAUCUCUUCCUCAGAGGACAUCUGGGUGGAGACGGCCACCAAGGUCGCUGAUUCCUUGAGGAGCCAUGGUCUGCCGGUCAGACUGGUCAGUUUUAUGGAGAACACACCUCACGGCAUCAGACGAACUCUGUCCAAGGUCCGCAAGAUGGGAGAAUUACGAGUUGUUAUUCUCUGCAUGCACUCGGCGCUGAUUGGUGGCGCAGCCCAGAAGCUGCUCUUGGAGACAGCCUACGACAUGCAGAUGAUCGAUGGCUCUCUGGUCUUUGUGCCCUACGACACCCUGCUCUACAGCCUGCCCUACCGCAACGUGACCUACCCAGCUCUGAAGAGCAACCGCAAACUACUGCGGGCUUACGACGCCGUGCUGACAGUCACAAUCGACUCACCACAGGUGUCGUUCUACGAGGCCUACAGAGAGGCCAUGGAGAGGGGAGAGGUGGCGAGGACGCUGAAUCCACAGCAGGUGUCUCCUCUCUUUGGCACCAUCUACAGCUCUGUCCUCUUCAUGGCUCAUGCGGUGCAUCGCGUUCGGGAGUCUGGGGAGUGGAUGUCUGGGGGAAACUUGGCAAGACACACCCGCAACUUGGCCUUCCAGGGCUUCAGCCAUCCCAUCAAAACCAACGACUCUGGAGCAGCUCUGCUGGACUACCUCAUACUGGACACAGACGGACUCUCCUGGGAGCUGAAGCCAACAUACAGGAUCGAUAUGGAGGCCCGUAUGGUGAGUUUCCUGGGUCGAGACAUCCACUUCCCUCGCGGCUACGGACCCAGGAAGGAUGCCUCCUGCUGGUUUACUCCUGGAGUCCUCUGCUCAGGAGGGGUGGAUCUAUACUCGACCAUCAGCGUGUUCCUUGGAGCGAUGGCCACCUCUGUUUUUGCAGUCGCACUGAUUUACUGCAUCAGGGGACGUAUCAUUCAGAUUCGACUGAUUAGGGGUCCAAACAAGAUCUUGCUGACACUGGCAGACGUCACAUUCAUUAACCCGUCUCUUAGCAACAAGAAGCUGAGUCACAGUGACAGCAGGAACAGCGGCAUGAGGAGCGUGUCAGACCGCAGCCUCAUGUCGCCCGUCUCAUCCCAAUCCCCGGCCACCUACGAGAACUCCAACGUUGUCAUUUACGAGGGUGACUGGGCGUGGCUAAAGAGACUUCCUGAUGGGAUGUUUAGCAGCAUCAACCCCAAAACCAGCCAAGUGUUUGAACUGAUGAAGGACAUGCGUCAUGAGAAUAUAAACCCUUUCCUGGGCUUCUUCCAUGACUGUGGCGUGUUCGCUAUCGUGACCGAGUUCUGCUCCAGAGGAAGUUUGGAGGACCUGGUGCUGAACGACGACGUCAAACUGGACUGGAUGUUCAAGUCUUCUCUGCUACUGGAUUUAAUUAAGGGUAUGAAGUACCUCCAUCACCGCAAAGUGUGCCACAGUCGUCUGAAGUCCCGUAACUGUGUGGUGGAUGGGCGUUUUGUCCUCAAGGUCACAGACUACGGCUACAACGAGGUUCUGGAGGCCCAGAGGUUCCCCUAUAUUGAGCCACCUGCAGAGGAGUUGUUGUGGACUGCUCCGGAGAUCCUGAGGAUCUCUGGGCAGCCGGGGGUUCACGGGACUCUAUCUGGUGACGUGUACAGCUUUGCCAUCGUCAUGCAGGAGGUGGUGAUCAGAGGGCCUCCAUUCUGCAUGCUGGACCUGUCCGCGGCAGAGAUAAUAGAGAAGCUCCGUAAGCCUCCGCCUCUGUGUCGUCCGGUGGUCAGUGCAGACUAUGCUCCGUUAGAGUGCAUCCAGUUGAUGAAACAGUGCUGGAAUGAACAGCCAGACAAGAGGCCUGACUUUGAGGAGAUCUUCGACCAGUUUAAGAACAUCAACAAGGGGAAGAAGACCAACAUCAUAGACUCCAUGCUGAGGAUGCUGGAGCAGUACUCGUCUAACCUAGAGGAGCUGAUCAGAGAGCGAACGGAGGAGCUGGAAAUUGAGAAACAGAAGACGGAAAAACUGCUCACACAGAUGCUGCCUCCGUCCGUGGCCGAGGCUUUGAAGGUGGGCGGGACGGUGGAACCAGAGCAUUUUGCCAAUGUGUCGCUUUAUUUCAGCGACAUCGUCGGCUUCACCACCAUCUCAGCCCAUAGUGAACCCAUCGAGGUGGUCGACCUGCUGAACGACCUCUACACAGUCUUUGACGCCAUCAUAGGAAACCACGAUGUCUACAAGGUGGAGACUAUCGGUGAUGCUUACAUGGUGGCGUCAGGUGUUCCUGUCCCAAAUGAGGACCGACACGCUGCAGAGAUAGCUAACAUGGCGCUCGACAUCCUGAGCGCUGUGGGAACCUUCAAAAUGAGACACAUGCCUGAUGUUCCUGUCAGGAUACGUAUAGGACUGCACACAGGUCCAUGUGUAGCAGGCGUGGUAGGCCUCACCAUGCCUCGCUACUGUCUGUUUGGAGACACAGUGAACACGGCUUCUCGUAUGGAGUCCAGUGGGCUGCCCUACAGGAUCCAUGUCCACCAGAGUACAGUGAAGAUCUUGCGGGACCUAAAUCUCGGCUACAAGCUCGAGUUGAGAGGCAAGACAGAAAUCAAGGGGAAAGGAGUAGAGGAGACCUUCUGGCUUGUAGGGAGGGAUGGAUUUACCAAACCUCUACCUGUUCCUCCAGAAGUCAAGUCUGGCACCCAGAUCAUCAUCCCAACGAAGGAAUCAAAGGACGUAAAGCAGGUGUUUCACAAGGCGGUGAAGAUGAUCUCUCACGUCCGCGUCAUGACUCAGCUCAUCGUGCCCGAUGAAGAUGACAACGUCAUGAUGUCGCACCACUGACUGACCUGUACAGUAAUGUACAACUUUGCCAGGACUAGACUUCUGGGUGGAUUUUAACUGCAAGGCCUGGUUGUCAGCGCUUUAAACUCAUCAUCCUGAUAGUUUCUUGUGAAAAUCCACUGACAAAAGUUUCCAGGAGGAGAAAGGGGCUAGUGACAGCGUUAUCGGAUCAUCACUGUCUGUGUCUGUGUGUAUUAACAGCUUGAGUUGACGAGAUGAAGUCUUGUGUUGAACUAUGUAUAGAGGGUAGAGAAGUAGUGACUCAGCAAAGCGGGGAUCUACAUACAAUGCCUGUCAGCAGCAGAGGAAUGCAGCUAAUCUCUCGUUCAUUUCCUCCUCCUUUGCUUCCCUGUUUCUCUGUCUGAAGGGAGGAGAAGAAAGGAGAGAAGGGAAGGAGGGGAAACAGAGAGAGAGAGAGAGAGAGAGAGAGAGAAACACAAAUAUCCUCCAGAAAUACUUAGUAAUGUUUAGGUACUUAGUAUUUUUGGACAUUUUAUUUGGAUGGUGAACAGUAGACAGGUGACUCAGAUCUUGGACAUUGUGAUUACAUUAGUGCUGCAAAUAAUAAUUUUAAUUAUCUGCCCA